CACCUACUCACAAUCCCAACCCCCGUACAUAAAAUGAACAUCCUACUCCUGCUUCUCUACACCUCCAUUACCGCCUUCAUACUCUACCUCCUGUUUAACCUACGCACCCAUCGCUCUAACCGCCUCCCACCGGGCCCCACCCCAUGGCCGAUCGUCGGAAACCUACCGCACCUCGGCACCAUUCCGCACCACUCGCUGGCGGCGUUGGCGGCAAAACACGGCCCAUUGAUGUACCUCCGGCUAGGCUUUGUUGAUGUGGUUGUUGCCGCCUCUGCGUCAGUUGCUGCGGAAUUUUUGAAGGCUCAUGACGGGAACUUUGCGAGCAGACCGCCGAACUCUGGUGCGAAGCAUAUUGCGUAUAAUUAUCAGGAUCUCGUGUUCGCACCGUACGGUCCGCGGUGGCGCAUGCUUCGGAAGAUCUGCUCUGUGCACCUGUUUUCUGCUAAAGCACUCGAUGAUUUCCGUCAUAUUCGCCAGGAGGAGGUUGCAAUACUCACGCGCGCAUUAGCCGGUGCAGGAAAAUCAACAGUAAAAUUAGGUCAAUUACUCAACGUGUGCACCACGAACGCAUUAGCGCGAGUGAUGUUAGGCCGGAGAGUGUUCGGUAACGGUAGUGGAGGCGGUGAUCCGAAGGCGGAUGAGUUUAAAGAUAUGGUGAUUGAGUUGUUGGUGUUGGCCGGAGAAUUUAAUAUUGGUGAUUUUAUUCCGGCGCUUGACUGGCUGGACCUGCAAGGGAUUACGAAGAAGAUGAAGAAGCUGCACGCACAAUUCGAUUCAUUUCUUAAUGUGAUUCUGGAGGAGCAUAAGUCUGGCAAAGGUGGUGGGUCGGAGCAUGGUGACUUGUUGAGCACACUGUUUGGACUCAAGGAGGAUGCUGAUGGAGAGGGAGGGAAGCUUUCGGAUGUCGAAAUCAAAGCUUUGCUUCUGAACUUAUUCGUUGCAGGAACUGACACAUCGUCUAGUACAGUGGAAUGGGCAAUAGCCGAACUCAUUCGCCAUCCACAAUUACUAAAACAAGCCCAAGAAGAAAUGGACAACAUAGUUGGCCGAGAACGACUUGUAACCGAAUCAGACCUAGGCCAACUAACAUUCCUCCAAGCUAUUGUAAAGGAAACCUUUAGGCUUCACCCUUCAACACCACUAUCCUUACCGAGAAUUGCAUCUGAGAGUUGUGAAGUUGAUGGGUAUUACAUUCCCAAGGGAUCCACCCUCCUUGUUAACGUGUGGGCCAUUGCCCGUGACCCAAAAAUGUGGACAGACCCACUUGAAUUCCGACCCUCACGGUUCUUACCCGGAGGUGAAAAGCCCAAUGUUGAUGUUAAAGGAAAUGAUUUUGAAGUAAUACCAUUUGGGGCUGGACGAAGGAUGUGUGCGGGUAUUAACUUAGGGUUGAGAAUGGUUAAGUUGCUUGUUGCGACAUUGGUCCAGACCUUUGAUUGGGAAUUGGCUAACGGGGUACAUCCGGAGAAGCUCGACAUGAAUGAAGCCUAUGGGCUAGGCCUUCAAAGAGCAGAGCCCUUGUUGGUACACCCAAAGCCGAGGCUAGCUCCUCAGGUAUAUGAAAGUGGUUAAGGAGUAACUUGUCGUUUGGAAAAUUAAUAAAUUUGUAUUUUCUAUUCUAAUUGUUAGCAAUUGCAUUUUCUAUUAUCAACGUCGUCGUAAAUUCAGUUUAAUAAUUUAAUGGAGAGUAAAUUACAGGUUUU